GCCAUUCCUGGCCCCGGCUCUGCCUCUUCCUGACACAGUAGAGGGCCGGCCCAGGACCUGGGAAGCAGGGAGUGGUUUGAAGAGAGGUUGGGCCAUGUCCUCCAUCCCUCGUGGGUCGUCCCCCCAUCGCCAGUCCAGAACAGCCUUUGGGAGCAGGGUGGGCCGAGGCUCUGAUGGGCGUCCUCUCGCAGGGGGCCUGCUGACAGGCAAGUACAAGUAUGAGGACAAGGAUGGGAAACAACCCAUGGGCCGCUUCUUCGGGAAUAACUGGGCUGAGAUCUACAGAAAUCGCUUCUGGAAAGAGAACCAGUUCGAGGCCAUUGCCCUGGUGGAGAAGGCCCUUCAGGCUGCGUAUGGCGGCAGUGCCCCCAGCAUGACCUCGGCCACCCUCCGCUGGAUGUACCACCAUUCCCAGCUGCAGGGUGCCCUCGGGGACGCGGUCAUCCUGGGCAUGUCCAGCGUGCAGCAGCUGACACAGAACUUGGCAGCGACCGAGGAAGGGCCGCUGGAGCCGGCCGUGGUGCAGGCCUUCGAUCGGGCCUGGCAGCUGGUCGCCCACGAAUGUCCCAACUACUUCCGCUAGGGCCACUCCUGGCUGGUGCUGCCAAAGGCUCCUUUCUCUCCCGUCACCUCUUCUAGUCUCACAUCCUGACUAGUCUGCCUUAAGUCCAUUUAACUAACCAAGAAAAUGCUCUUUUUUGAUUGUCUGGAUCGAUGCAGUAUUUUUCUAGAUUCCGUCCUGGCUCCCAGUUGCCUUCGCAGUGUGGAAAGGCUGGGGCUGUGGUCCACUUGGGCCGUUCCUGUCUGAAUAAAGCAGGCACAUGACUGGCCUGGGCCCUGAUUGAACCCCA